AUUGUGUUAGUGACAGCGAGAUCUCGGGUUGAGCGCACGUCAAAAUGGUUGUGAGCAGGAAAGUAAAUGAAGACCUCCAGAAAGAGCGGGACGGAUGCACGUUCAAUGUGCAAGAGUUGACACAUUAUCUGGAUGGAGGGGAGAAGAUUACUAUGUAUCGGAAGGAAUUGGAGGACAGAGUCCUGAACGUCCAAGGUCUAAGAGACAAAGUGCCCGAAGAAUAUUUCAGCCACAAGGAGCGCUAUGAGAACGCGGUGCGGAAGGCGGUCAUCAUGCACCAGGCCUUGGGAAACCUGGAUGAGAACAACCUCAACGAGGAGGAGAAAGCCAGGUUAGGCCUCCGCACCACAAUAUCAUCAGCCAUCUUUAAAGACAACUCUCCGCUGAUGCUGCACUACUCCAUGUUCCCCAACGUCAUCGCCGGACAGGCAGAUGAUGAACAACAGAAAUACUGGCUGCCGAAGAUCAGGAACAUGAAAAUCAUUGGGACAUAUGCUCAGACCGAGUUAGGCCACGGCACUUUCAUCCGUGGUCUUGAGACGACGGCCGAAUACGACCCCAAGACUGAAGAGUUCGUCCUGAACAGCCCCAAGUUGACGGCGUACAAGUGGUGGCCCGGAGGAUUGGCGCACACAGCCAACCACUGCGUCGUGAUGGCCCACACAUACAGCCGCGGCAGAAGCUGCGGCAUCCAGCCCUUCAUUGUUCAGAUUCGAGACCUGGACACCCACAUGCCGAUGAAGGGUGUGAAGCUGGGCGAGAUAGGCGCCAAGCUGGGCUUCAACACUGUCAAUAAUGGGUUCCUGGGCUUCGAGAACCAUAGGAUACCUAGGGAUAGAAUGCUGAUGAAGUAUUCUCAGAUGAAGAAGGAUGGUACAUUCGUAUCGGGACCUAGCAGCAAGCUAGUCUACGGAACCAUGGUCUAUGUCAGAAUGACCAUCCUGUGUCACAUGGGGAAUUGCCUUGGGAAAGCGGUUACCAUCGCCACACGCUAUGCGGCUGUUAGGAGGCAGUCGCAACCUAAGCCUAAUGAACCAGAGCCCCAGAUCCUAGACUACGUGACGCAACAGCACAAGCUGUUCGUUUCCAUAGCGACCAGCCAGGCGUACUACAUAAACUGCUACCGGCUCUGGACCAUCUACAAGAAGGUCAAUGAUGAGCUAGCCACCGGGAACCUGGAGAACUUGGCCGAGCUGCACGCCCUAUCCUGCUGCCUCAAAGCAACGACCACAGCAGACACAUCAAUACUAGUGGAGCGCUGUAGAACGUCGUGUGGCGGUCACGGAUACAUGCUUUCUUCGAAUCUGCCGCAGACAUACGCCAAUGUAACUGCUGCGUACACUUACGAGGGAGAGAACACCGUCCUUCACUUGCAAACUGCGAGGGCUCUGAUGAAGGCUGGCACGCAAGUGGCAUCAGGACAGACGGUAAGCCCAUCCAUGGCUUACCUGGCCGACCGCAGCAAAAUUACCAAGUGGGACAACUCCGUCAAAGGAAUCAUCAAGGGAUUCGAGAAAGUCGCUGCCGGGAAAGUGGAGGCGUGCCUAUACAGCAUGCAGAGGCACAUGAACGACGGCAAAAGCCAACAAGAUGCGUGGAAUCUUACGUCGGUGCAGCUAGUUGCUGCUUCCGAGGCUCACUCCCGAGUGAUUCUCCUGUCAGUCUACAAGUCAGAGCUAGAAGCGACCUCCUUCGCCCUUAGCGGGGAAACUAGGACAGUUCUAUACCAACUGUUGGAGCUAUACACGGUCUACUGGGCGCUGGAGCGACUAGGCGACUUAUUGCUGUAUACCCCCAUAACCGCGACGAACGUGCAAGAGUUGCAACAGCGGUAUGAAACGCUGCUGGGGAAGAUCAGGCCCAAUGCUGUGGGGCUGGUAGACGCUUUCGACUUCAGAGAUGAGGUCCUCAACUCCGCGCUGGGCGCGUACGACGGGCGCGUGUACGAGCGCCUCAUGGAGGAGGCUCUCAAGAGCCCGCUCAACGCUCAACCCGUCAAUGAGAGCUUCCACAAAUAUCUGAAGCCCCUUAUGCAGGGAAAACUGGUACCUCAUAAACUAUAGACCUCUUAUUAUAAAAU